CUUCGGUUGCUAGGAUACAAAGAAUGCUCAGCUCUCUCUGGGAUGCGGACACCAGCUAGCGCUGAUAUACUGCUCGCCGUCUAACAUGUUUUCCUAAUUUACUCUGCAACUGCAUGGCCUGAGUUUGCAAGCGGAUUGAGUUUAAGUAAGUCAUCCGCUUGGACACAUCGCUAUUAAAGGGUUUUCACCAAACUUUGCACCCAGCCAUGCCAUAUGUUAAAACAUCUCACAAAAAUCCGCCAUUCUCAACACUGUUGGAUAUUAAGUCACAGAAAUGUGGACUGCGCCGAACAGUUUUCUCGGUCACUGGGAAUGAAUACACUGGGGAGUGGCAGAACAACCAGAAGCAUGGGAAGGGAACUCAGGUGUGGAAGAAGUCUGGUGCCAUUUAUAAUGGAGAGUGGAAAUUUGGAAAACGUGAUGGAUAUGGCACCUACAGUGUACUACUCCCAGAAACAAAGGAGUAUGUACGGAAGUACUGUGGUGGAUGGAAAAAUGGAAAGAAGCAUGGGUAUGGCACGUACUUCUACAGUAACUCAGCAGUUUAUGAAGGUGAGUGGAGUGAGGGUCUCCGGUGCGGCUGGGGAAGAAUGUACCAUGAGAGUGGAGACAUCUACGAAGGAGAGUGGAUGAAGGAUAAGAAUCAUGGACAGGGCAUCAUUCGAUUUGCAAAUGGCAGCUGGUAUGAAGGCACCUGGAGGGAUGGCAAGAAGAACGGCAAUGGAAAGUUCUACUAUCCUGACAAAGGCCAGCUAUAUGAAGGCUUUUGGGUGGAUGGAGUAGCAAAAUGUGGGACCCUGUCUGAUUUCGGAAGGGACGAAGCACCAACACCAACGAAGUAUCCCAUUCCACAGAUACACCUGGUGGAUAUGCAGAUGGUUUUAAGGGAAGCCCAAUCGGCAUACCUUGAUCAAUGUUGAUGAGCAACAAGAGGAUCAACACCAUGUUUCCACCCCACCAAAAACUCACAGAAUAAAAAAUAAAUACAAAAUGUCAUAACGAUA